AUGAUUAAAAACAAUUUGAUUGAUUCAAAGGCAACUUCUCCUGAAAAUAUUCUCAAACACAUUUUAGAUACAAUUGCAUUUAAUAAUCGCUAUUUAAAGUCAUAUUUGGCUCUAGCGAAACUCAUAUACGAUGAAUAUCAUGUAAAAGAUGUCUCGGAUGUUGGAAUUAUUCCUCGGUACUUGUUCUAUAAAGAAUAUAGAAUUAAUUUAGGUGCUUAUGAUAUUUCCGCAAUGAUGAAUCUAAAUUAUCUAGAUCCUCUUUCAGAAAAUACGAUUUACAGAGCUAUUAUGGAUAAUGACAAAGAAAGAUUCAUCUCAUUCACAGAAAGAGACGGAUUUAACAAAGAUCAAAAUCUUGAAAGCUAUCUAUAUCCAAACUCUAAUAAAGGAUAUUCAUUACUUGAAUUAUGUUGUUAUUAUGGUGCAGUUGAUUGUUUCAAGUUUUUAAUCACGAAAUAUAACCCAGAAAUAACAAAAAGAUGUCUGGAACUUUCAUUUUUGGGAGGAAAUCCAGGGAUUGUUAAUGAAUGUUUGAAAUAUCAAGAACCAGAUGAAAAAUGCAUGGAAUACGCAAUUCUUUCGCACAACAUUGAUUUUGUUACAUUCUUGAUGAAUGAAUAUAAUUUAAGGAUCAAUUUAGAUCAUUGUGCAAAGUAUAAUAAUCUUGAAUCAUUAUUAGUCCAUUUCGAUCAAACAAACAAUAUUUACAAUUGUUUUCUUUAUUCAACGAUAUUUGAUAUUCCAUCCCUUUGCAUAUAUUUCGCAUCACUUGGCACAUAUCUCGAUGGAAGAAAUAUUUAUGGAGAAACAGCUCUCCAUUAUGCAGCAAGUCAUAAUUAUAUAGAAGUAGCUGAGUUUUUACUUUCACAUGGUGCUGAUAUCAAUGCAAAAAAUAAUUGUGGUGAAACAGCUCUCCAUUGUUCAGCAAGCCAUAAUUAUAUAGAAAUAGCCGAGUUUUUACUUUCACAUGGCGCAAAUAUCAAUGCAAAAAAUUAUAAUGGAGAAACGGCUCUUCAUAUUGCAGCAUAUUAUAAUUAUACCGAAACCUUGGAACUUUUGAUUUCGCAUGGUGCAAAUAUCAAUGAAAAAGAAGGUUAUGAUGGAAAAACUGCUCUUCAUCGGGCAGUAAUUACAAAUAACAAAGAAGCCGUGAAAAUUCUUAUUUCGCAUGGUGCAAAUAUUAAUGAAAAAGAUGAAUAUGCAAUGACUGCUCUUCAUUAUGCGGCAAUGUAUGGCAAUGGAGCUAUAGCCAUGUUUCUUCGCUCAUAUGGUGCAUCUUUAACUUCUUGA